AUGGAGGAGCAGUUCAUCGUGAGGUUCAAUGGCUACACGUCGCACGACGAGCUCAGGGAACGACUGACGGGCGUCCUGGGCCCGGAGACUGCCCCGCCUCCGUCGCACGGCAGCCUCGACGCAGGCGAACGCUCCCCGCGCACGUCCUGGGCGUGGGUCGAGCGCCCCGGGCCGAAACACGUCCCCACGGACUUCGCCGUCAUCACAGCGCCGCGAACCACCACGCGCGCGCUCUCCAGCAGGCUCUCCGCGGCGCCCGGCUUCCGUUCGGUGCACCUCGACUCCCGGAUGACGCGCAAGCUCAACUGGGUGCUGCGCGACCCCGUGACGGGCCGCGCGGAGCGGUACGCCGGGCGCAAGCGCACGGCCUUCUCGUGGGAGGACCCCGCGGCCAUGGCGGACGCGGCGCGGCUGCGCGGGGGCCGGAAGAUGCUGCGCACCGCCGCGAACACCAAGGUGACGCUGCGCAUGGGCGCGAGCGCGCUGUGGGCCAAGGGGUUCAAGGGCAAGGGCAUCAAGAUGGGCGUCUUCGAUACGGCGUUCCGCGGCGACCACCCGCACCUCAAGAACAUCAAGGAGCGGACGAACUGGACGACGGACAAGAGCGCCGACGACGGGCUCGGGCACGGCACGUUCGUUGCCGGCGUGGUGGCCAGCUCCGACUCCUCCUGCCCCGGGUUCGCGCCCGAGGUGGACCUGUACGCGUUCAAGGUGUUCACGGACGACCAGGUCUCGUUCACGUCGUGGUUCAUGGACUCGUUCAACUACGCGAUCUACCUGAAGCUGCACGUCGUGAACCUCUCCAUCGGCGGGCCCGACUACAUGGACCUGCCCUUCACGGACAAGGUCAACGAGGUGACCGCGGCGGGCAUCACGAUGGUGUCCGCCAUCGGGAACGACGGCGACCUGUGGGGCACGAUGAACAACCCCGCGGAUCAGAACAACGUCAUCGGGGUUGGCGGGGUGGACUGGAACGACGACCUCGCGGGGUUCUCCUCGCGCGGCAUGACCGUCUGGGAGCUGCCCGAGGGGUACGGGCGCAUGAAGCCCGACGUCGUCGCGUACGGCUCCGGCGUGAUGGGCUCGGCCAUCGAGGGGGGGUGUCGCGGGCUGUCGGGCACCUCCGUGGCGGCGCCCGUCGCCGCGGGGGCGCUCUGCCUCGUCGCGAGCACGGUGCCGGAGGCGCAGCGCGCGGCCGUGCUCAACCCGGGCGCGCUGAAGCAGGCCCUGGUCGAGGGCGCCCGGCGCCUCGACUCGUGGACUGUCCACGAGGUGGGCCAGGGCGUCGUCGAUCUCGAGAUGUCCGCGGCGAUCCUGAAGGACUACAAGCCGCGCGCCAGCCUGCAGCCGGCGAGCCUGAAGCUCACGGAGCCGCAGAUGUGGCCCUACUCGCGCACGUCGCCCUUUUACGGCCGCUCCCCCGUCGUGGUGAACGCCACCAUCCUCAACGGGAUGGCCGUGACGGGCACGGUGGUGGACGGGCCGACGUUCACGCCGACGGACGCCGGCGGCGAGCACCUCGACGUGCGCUUCGAGCACAGCGAGCGCCUGUGGCCGUGGUCGGGCUACCUCGCGGUGUUUAUCGCCGUAAAGGCCAGCGGGAAGGACUACACGGGGACUGCGCGGGGGACGAUCGCGUUCACGGUGCGGAGCCCGCCGGGCCCCGGGGGCACGGCGAUGCAGGAGAGCGAGGUGGAGGUGCCGCUGGAGGUGCACGUGAAGGUGCCGCCGCCGCGCGAGAAGCGCGUGCUGUUCGACGUGUACCACUCGGUCAAGUACCCGCCCGCGUACAUCCCGCGGGACGCGCUCGACGACACGUUCGAGCUCCUGGACUGGCACGGCGACCACCCGCACACCAACUUCAAGGCCCUCUUCGACACCCUGCAAUCGGAGGGGUUCGAGGUGGAGCAGCUGACGUCGCCGGCGACGUGCGUGGACCUGUCCCAGUACGGCGCGCUGAUCCUCGCCGACACCGAGGGGGAGUUCCUCGAGGGCGAGGUCGAGGCGGUCGAGGCCGCGGUCCGCGCGGGCCUCGGGCUGGUCGUCCUCGGCGAGUGGUACAACCUCGACAAGAUCCGCGAGGCCAAGUUCUUCGACGACAACACGCGCUCCUCCUGGGACGCCGCGACGGGCGGCGCGAACGUCCCCGCGCUGAACGAGCUGCUCAAGCCGUUCGGGCUCGCGUUCGGCGACACGGUGCUCGACGGCACGAUCCACAUUGACGGCACGACGCGGAUCCGCAGCGGGGCGCCCGUCGCCAAGGCGCCGGCGGGGACGGUGGUGUUCGAGGCGGAGGGGCUCGCGAAGACGCCGGGGACGGCGCCGCUGCCGAGCGUCGCGGAGAUGACGGUGCUGUCGAUGACGGACGUGGGGCAGGGCCGCGUGGUGCUGUACGCGGACACGAGCAGCGUCGACGGGGACUACAGGGCGCUGGACGGCAUGGGUCUGGUGGUCAAGAUGAUCAAGGAGGCGGUCGGGAGCGACACGGGGCUCGCGGCGCGCGGCCGGAAGAUCGCUUCGGACAUGGGCGCGCAUGAGGUGGUGAUUGCGCGCCCCCCGGAGCCAGAGCUGCCGGCUUCGCUGCUCGAGAACUGGAAGAAGGAUCUGCAACGGAACUUCUGCCACCGCAGCAGUGGGUGGUCGUUCCAGCCUGCGGGGGAGGACGGCGCGGCGACUGCUGCGGUGGAGGCGCGGAGCGGCAGCGCGACGCUGGCGGCGGUGAACGGGAGCGCUUCGGAUGGUGGGAUUGAGGAGGUGGACGGCACAGCGCCCCCUGCCGCGAGUGACGGCAACACAACCGCCGCGACGGGCAGCGAAACGGUCGCGGCCGACGUCGCGACCGCCCCGGCUGGCGACGUCACAGCCGAGGAGGCCGGCGCGAUGGCUGGCAACGCCACGGCCGAGGAGCCGGGCGCGAUGGAGGGGGCCGCGGGCACGCUGCCUGCAGACGCGGGCGCGGCGAACGUCACCGAAACGGAGAGCGCGCUGGCUUCCGGGACAGAGGCGCCGGAAACGACCAUCGCCACCACGACCGAGCCCGCGACCACGACGCCGCAGGGCACCACGGCGGCGCCAGCCACGACGGCGCUCCCCGAAACAACAGCGGCGCCAGCCACGACGGCGCUCCCCAAAACGACGGCGGCGCCCGCCACCACGCCGCAAGUACAGGCACACGCGACCGCGGGGCCUGUCAGCUCCUCCUCGGGCCAGGCCGCGUCAGGGAGCGACGAGUGGGGUGCUGCGCUCAGCAGCGCCAACAGCGGCGCAGCCGCGUCGUCGUUCGCGUGGAUGUCACAGAAGGGCGCGCCAGGGUUCAACGUCACGCAGAUCGUCGUGUUGCUGGGCGCCGUCGGGAUCCUCGUGGUGGUUGUGCGGGCGCUGAGGGUGCGGCGAGGGUACAGGUCGGUCCCCCGCGGGGAGGACGACGGGUCGACGGUGCGUUUGCGCAGCGGCGUCGAGGGCGGCGGGCGGCGACGACACGCGCCGUGA